UAAUUCCCUCAGUCAUUCACGGUUGUUUCGCUUCGUCUGCAGAGAAGGAAGAAGACGUCUCGGACAAACCAGUGGUUUAUCGUACAGCAGCGCCACGAAUUUAGUGCAAUGUCAGAGAUCCAGGAUCCGAAAUCUGUACAGGACCUGACUGGGGUGGUCCAGACAUUGCUGCAGCAGAUGCAGGAUAAAUUCCAGACCAUGUCAGACCAGAUCAUUGGAAGAAUCGAUGAGAUGAGUGGCCGCAUCGAUGACCUGGAGAAGAACAUUGGUGACCUGAUGACCCAGGCUGGGGUGGAGGAGAUGGAGGCGGAGAACAAGGUCAAGGAGGAACAGGGCUCUGCUUAAAAGGUUUCCAAGUAACAGGAUGGUGGAGACUAAAUGGGAAACAGACAGUUUUUCAGGAGUAUUGUAUAUUUAAGUUUUGAUUUACUGUGUAUGUAACAUGUUUUAUAUUUACAGUCAUAUUAACUCUUGUAAUAAUGUUCACUCUUGACAUUUUUUUUUUUGUUUGUUUUUUAAUUGAUAUUUUACUUGAGACACUAUCCUGAAUAAUGGCUCACUCAGGUGACUCACUGGGCCAGUAACUGAUUAUGUCAACUAGCCAAUUGAACAUUUUAACAAUAUUUCAACACAAAACAUUUACUGCUAUUCAAAUGUUCUAAAGUGUUGUGUGUGUGUGUUAAGAUUUCUUUACUUUCAGUCUUUUUCACAAUAAACCAGGGCUUGCAUACA